AUGAAUCGAUUGAAUAUCGAAGAAGAAGAAAAUAAUACAAAAAAUGCACCGGGAAUAUGGUAUCAAUGGUUAGAAUAUCGAUUACGAUAUUAUAUGGUUUUAGAAGGAAUUAUAAUAAUUAUACUAUUCUUUUCCCUAUCGAAUUAUCAUGAUUUGUCCUCACGAAAUAUGGAAUUGAAUGCAAAGUUAGAAAUACAUAUAGAUAAUUUGGGCAAGCGGCUUGAUGAGAUAUAUGAACUACUGAAAACGAAUUCUGUUCCGAAACCAGAGAGGAAUGAAAUGCUCAAGAGCAUCCAAGAAGAAUCGAUUAGACCAGUAGAAGUCAAAACAAGCGAAAAAUUGAUUGAGAAAUCAAACUCGUUUCCAAUAAAUUCAUUGAAUUACUCUCGUUUCGAAAUGAAUGCAGCCAAUAUUCUGAUGGGCGCCUCAGUGGAUUUAGGCCUUUCUUCUUCUUCUGUUUCAUCCGAAGAUGGAUUUUUCAACAACUUUUUCUAUCCAUUUACCCGUGAUCAAAGUGGAUAUAUUCUGUUGGAUCGAGAAGAACUUCCACCGAAUAAAUCUUGGUGCUCGGACGAAGAAAAACCAGUUCUCACAAUCGAUUUGGUAAAGAAUACUGAAAUAAUGUAUGUCUCUUAUCAACAUUCAAAAUGGAAUGGAGUUUUUCCAGAUGGUGCACCAAAGAAAUAUAAUGUUCUGGCUUGUCUCGACUCGAAAUGUGAAAAUUUGGAGCCUCUUGCAACUAACUGUGAAUAUGAAAAAUCAGUUAAUGGCCAGUAUAUCCAAGAACAAAUGUGUCGAAUAUCUUCGGAUUCUGUUGCUCCUCCAGUCAGAAAAGUGCAAUUUCUUUUCCUGGAAAACCAUGGAAAUGUAGAAAAGACUUGUAUUUACUCCAUUCGAGUCUUUGGAAUUCGGAGAAACUUAUUCAGAACUGAACAGAAAAAAUUGGAAGAUAAAAAGAAAUGCGAGGAACUGGCAUGGAAUCAUAAGCACUCUUCUCUGGUUUAUAGUUGGAAAGAUAGAUUUCAAAUCGAAGAAUCGACAACAAAAAAAGAAAUAUGGUAUGAAUGGAUCAGAAAUAAACUUCGUCAUUACAUGAUUCUGGAAUUGUUGUUUUCGAUUUGUCUCGUUUUGAUUCUAUGGAAACAAUACCAUAUUUCAUCUCAGAACGAUAAAACUCUUGAAUUGAUUUCAAGUAUUCAAUCGGAAUUCCGAAAUUUCAAAAUAGAUAUUGAAUCUAAUACAGCUUCGAAACCAACCGACACAAUGAAUCUGGAUGAAGGAAAUAAGAAAUUCGAAGAAUUAGUUGAAGAAGUGGAAGAAGUGAUAAAAGAUAUCAAAAAUCCAUCGAUUGAGAUAAAUCAGAAAUCGAAAGAAUAUCCGAAACAAUUUGUCCCAACUCAAGAUAAUUCAUCUCCAAAUAAUUCAGUAUUCCGGAUGAAUGCAGCAAGUCUUAUUCUCGGAGCAACAGUUGAUUCGAGUCGAUCAUCCAAUUCAGACAAUAAUCCAUUGUUUGGAAGAGAUCAAAGUGGUUAUGUAUUGAUUGAUAGAUCUGAUCCACCAUCAGAUAAAGCAUGGUGUUCAAAUGAGGAGAAUCCAAUUCUGACUAUUGAUUUGGCAAAGUAUAUCAGACCAAUUUCAGUGUCUUAUCAACACUCGAAAUGGUCAGGAAUAGUUCCAGAUGGUGCACCGAGGAGAUAUGAUGUACUUGCUUGUCUCGAUUACUACUGUAACAAUCUAGAACCACUUGUCUCGAAUUGUGAAUAUAAAGCAACUAUAGACAACGAACAAGAACAAUUCUGCUCAAUUCCAUUCAAUAAAAAUCAUUAUUCCAUUGGGAAAGUUCAAUUUCAUUUCCGUCAAAAUCAUGGAAAUGUCAUGAAAACCUGUGCUCAUUCGAUUCGAGUCUACGGAGAGACAAAAGAAGUUCCAAAAGUUAAAGAGAGGACUCUGAAACAGGCUGAAACUUGUUCUGAACUCACUUAUGACUAUCAUCAUAAAUCGUGGGCUUACAAUAUAAUUGACCGCAAGAAUUGCACGGUACUUUACUCGAAUGGCUGCUGUACUGAAUGCCCGGAAUGCUGUGAUGAAUGUCUCAUUCAAGACACCAACUGGAGUACAAUCGGCUAUAUUUGUCUGAAUCUUAUUGGGAUUUUGAUGGUUUUAUUCGUAUGUUUAAUACUAUAUUGUAUAGUUCAAGAGGCCAUUGAGGAUGCGAACGAAAUGAUUAGACUGGAAAACGAGUUGAAGUAA